UAUGAGGACUCCAGCGCUGCCUGUGAGCUUUGUUUUCUAUUUGUUUCCAGGUGCUGUGCUGAAGAUUGACCCUGGCUGGUCGACUCUUUUCAUUGGAGAGGUUGUUACUCUGACAUGUGACGUUGAAGGAGCAGAGGCAGGCUGGGAAUACAGUUUCAACAGAGAUCAACAACAAUAUCUUCAUUACCAAACAGCCAAUUACUACAAAUUCAACAUAAAUUAAAUUAUUCUCCAAUUAUGGUCGUCACAAGGUUUCAUGUCAAACAGAGAAAAGUCAAACUGUCUCUUUUACUGCAGCAGUCACCAACAAGCCUGUCAUAACACGACAACCCAGCUGGUCUCAGAUAUUCCAGGGUGAGAAGAUCACUCUGACAUGUGAGGUUGAGGGAGGAGAGAAGACUGACUGGAGGUAUUACUGGUGGAGAAAUUCAGGAUCACACCCAGAGCAGAAUGAAAAUUUGUUACAAUUCACUGCUUCUGAGUCCCUCAAUGGAGAGUAUGGAUGUAUGGCCAGACGCAGAGAUGACUCUUAUCCUUCAACUACAUGGAGUGAAGCCUUCACAGUGUCAGUGUUACCUCAACCAAAAGCUCAACUGGGAACCAAUAAAUUCAACAUGUCUGAAGGCAGCAGAGUGACGCUGACCUGCUCAGUGAAUCAACCAGCUGGAUGGAAAUACUUCUGGUACAGAGACUCCAAAACCUCCCUCCUGAACACACAUGAUACUGAUGAGUUUCAGAGUCAGUCUGAAGUCUCACAGGAAGGACGUUACUGGUGCAGAGGAGGAAGAGGAGGAAGAGGAGGAAGAGGAGGAAGAGGAGAUCCACUUUACGACACAGAGUACAGUGAUCCCAUCAGUGUCACUAAAAUAAUCCCAAACAAGGCAACCCUGACUCUGCAACACGACAGACCACAGCUCUACCAAGGAGAGACCAUCGCUCUCAGAUGUGCCAUCGAUGGAGGAAACACAGGAUGGGAGUAUGAGUGGGAAAGCAGCAGUUUACUCAAACCACCAAAUGUCAGCCAAUACAGGAUGGAGGCUCUUUCUUCACAGCACCAGGGAGAAUACAGAUGUAAAGGAAACAAGCUGAGAGGAGCACAGUCAACAGAUUGGAGCAACACCGUCACACUGACUGUAUUAAGCAGACUGAAGCUUGUCCUCUCUGUGUCUCCAUCAUGGUUGAUUCCUGGAGCUUCAGUCACUCUGAUCUGUCACACUGAGCCUCCGUCAGCAGGGUGGAGCUUCUACUGGUUCAAAGCUGUUCCAAACUCUCAGGAUUCCUACACCUAUGAGCCUCUACCUGGUACCAGCAGUGGGACAGCAAACAAUUCCUUCACAGUUCAUGGACAGACACACACAGCAGGAUAUGCAUGUUCAGCUGGACGAGGGGAUCCGCUGAUUUACACACAACACAGUCGUCCCACAUUUGUCUGGUCUUCAGGUGUUCAUCCAUCAGCGUCUCUCACAGUGAAUCCUGACAGAGUCCAACACUUCACCUCUGAAUCUCUCUCACUGACAUGUGAAGGAAGCUCUUCCCAGUGGAGGCUGAUCCGCUUUCUGACUGACGACUCGCUGUUGAGCUUUCUUCCUCCAGCUACAAUCAAUGGAUCAACAUAUAUUAAGAAUGAGGCUCCAAGAAAAGCUGUGUACUGGUGUGAGUCUGGAACAGAGUUCAGCAAUGCAGUCAAUAUCUCCACACACUCUGAUGGCGUUAUCCUGGUGAGCCCUGUGUAUCCUGUACCUGUGGGAGAGUCUGUAACUCUCCUCUGUGUCAUGAAGACUGGAAAUAUUUCCUCUGAUGUGUUUUUCUACAAAAAUAACAAACUCAUUGGAAAUGAGAGACGAGGAGAGAUGAAGAUCUCUGCAGUGUCAGAAUCAGAUGAAGGUUUCUACAAGUGUCAGUACAAUGGAAGAGAAUCAGCACAAAGCUGGAUGGCUGUGAAAGUGUCCAGAUCUGAGAGCUCUUCAUUCCAUGUCUGGUUGAUCUUCGGGCUGGUUUGUGGAGUUUUGGUUAUUUUCAUCCUCUGCCUGCUGUGCUGCUACAAAUGCAAAAAGAGGUCAUGCUGCAGCAGACGUAUUGAGUCUUUGUAUGUCAAUCAAAGCUCUGCGACAAACCAGCCAGUGACCCAGAGUGAAAGUCAACUUUACUCCUCUCUCCUGCACGGUGAUGUUUCUCUUUAUGAAUCCCUCAGACGCCCUGGAAACCCUGCAAACGGUGAACCUGCUCAGGAUUACAUCAAUGUCACAUCCCACCAGCUUGAUGAUCUUCAUGAAUGAUGACGGAGGAAGGAAAAGCCAUAAAUCAGUGUCAGUGAUGCCAGUGGAGCCUCAUCUUCAGGACUGGAAACCACAGCAGAGUCCGAGAAUCAACAGGUUCUGAUUAAAACAUGAAAAGCGACUGAAACCAGAUCAAGCCUGGUGGUUGAAACAAGGAGCUGCUCCUCAUGACAGAAUACACACUGUGUGUAGGACGGUGUGUGGAGGAAGAGGCUUCAUUCCACAUAUUGUCUACAGUGAAAAUGUCUGGUUGAUUGAUGGAUUCAGUCGUUUCUUUCACACUGUUUCACAUCAAUUAUCACAUCACUUUGUUGUGAUUAUCAGAGGGUUUUAAUUUGAAAUCUCCACAGGCCUUCUUUAUACGUAGUCUCCAACUGUUGUUCUGCUGAUUAUUAUUGUUUUAUCAUUUCUGUUUUGUCACUUUUUCAUUUUGGAACAAUUUCAGUUUUUUAAAACUUUUUUGUUGUCUUUUAUACUUGAAUAGAUACGGCUCAUGAUCAGCCUGAUUCCAGCACAAGCACUGUCUAAAAUACAAUGACGCUGCAAUGUAAAUAAUGUUCUUUUACUUCAAU